AGGUGGUUGACAGAUCAACAUGCAAGACCCCAACAGACCUGGCCAGUAUCUCCCAGGGCAGUACCCGCCGCAGCAGCAGUACCCUCCCCAGCAGUACCCUCCGCAGCAAUACCCUCCGCAACAGUACCCUCCGCAGCAGUACCCUCCGCAGCAGUACCCUCCACAACAGUACGCUCCACAACAGCAGCCGUACUAUGCGCAGCCGCCGCCGAUUCAAUACGCUCAAGCGCCGCCGGUGAUGAUGCAGCCUCCAACAGUGAUCAUGCAACAGCCGGGGUUCAUCCAGCAACCGAUGUAUGUGCAGCAGCCUGGUGUGAUUUAUGGCGGCCCUGGAUACGUUGGUGGAGGUAUGAUGGGAGGUGGCAUGUACGGAGGUGGCAUGUACAGGGGAGGGUACAAGAACAAGGGGUUUGGUUUUGGCUUUUUCAAAUAGACAUGACUUGGAAGUAACAUAAAUAAAUGAGUUUUGAAUACUGUACAUGUAAGAAAAUGAA